GGCUGGUUUAUUCUAAUAACGAAACGUCCUACCCGGAAAAAAAAGAAAAGAAAAGAAGCCAAGUCUUCUGCAAUCCGAUCACACAAACAAAAUAGGCGAGACUGGGACAGCCCGGCACACGCCGGCUUUUGGUUAAAAGAAAAAGAAGGUCUGCGGUGUGAGGAACUUGCUCGAAACGGAAGUCUGCCAUGCGCGUCUCCGCCGAACUCCUGCCAAAGAAAGUCUGACCCACUCUGCUUCGUGUAGCCGAGCGGGGCGCUGGCUGUGGCGCACACUGGCUCUCCACCGCGGUGGAAAUGUGCGUGUGUGCAGAUCUCGACUGCAGUCUGUAAUUUUUGGCUGUGGUGGAGGGCCUCAGCUCAGCCUCAGGCUUCGGGGUUUGCUGCUCAGCCUCAAUCACGUCACAUGAAAAACUGCUGAGUUGAUAUGUGAUAGCAGCAGCAUGCCGUACGUGGACCGGCUGAACCGUGUGUGCGGCUUCCUGGACGUCGAGGAGAAGGAGAACAGCUGCCGCUUCCAGAGACGAUACUUCAUCCUCGACACGCAGGGAAAUGCUCUGCUGUGGUACAUGGACAACCCCCAGAACCUGCCCAGUGGAGCCAGCUUUGUCGGCAGCCUGAAACUAACCUACAUCUCCAAGGUGAAUGAAGCCACCGCGAAGCAAAAGCCCAAGACAGAGUUCUGUUUUGUGAUUAAUGCAGUUUCGCGGCGGUACUUCCUCCAAGCCAACGAUGUGACCGACAUGAGGGACUGGGUGGCUGCUCUCAACAAGGCCAGCAAGAUCACCGUUCCUAAAUCUGGCCCUGCACCUCCAAGGUCUGAUGUGACUGCAGUGAUCAGUGACACUCAGGGAGGGAAGAGACAGCAGGCCUACAAAACUGAGAUCAUAGGCGGUGUGGUGGUACACACUCCCAUCCAGAAUGAGAGUGAAGAGACGGAAGGGAGAGACAGGAAAGGCAACAGGCUUGGUGUGCUGAGGUGCGGUUACUGUGUGAAACAGGGAAAUGUGAGAAAAAGCUGGAAGAGGCGUUUUUUCAUCCUGGAUGACACCGCAGUCAGUUACUACAAGUCUGAAGCGGAUAAGGAUCCUCUCCGAGCCAUUCCACUGAGGGACAUUCAGAGGGUCCAUGAGUGUCUCGUCAAGUCGGGGAUCUUUUUUUCCCCCAGGGAACUCCUGCUGAGAGACAACCUGUUUGAGAUCAUCACCGGCUCCAGAACCUUCUACAUUCAGACCGACUCUCCAGAGGAGAUGCAUGGUUGGAUCAGGGACAUCGAGAUGAAGAUCCAGGAGUUCAGAGGCCCCCCCAAGGGCUUUUCAUUCAAACGUGCCUCUUCUCUCUAUCGAAGUCACAAUUCCUCCUCUGCGUCUCGCGGUCCACAGGGUGAUGAGUGCAGACCUGCGCUGGUCAAGUCCUGCUCUGUGGCACCGGGCUGGCAGCCCUGGACACCGGUUCCGCCGUGUGAGCCCUCCAUCCUGGACGCAGAGGAUGAAGACAGCGCUUUCAGCUCCGUGCCCAACUUGCCUUCUCUAUCCUCCUCCUCCACCUCGUCCUCCACCUCCUCCUCCUCCAACUCCCUCUCUAACCCGGCCCCUAGCCCCGGCGUCAAUCCUGUACCUUCCACCGGUGGACUGGCGUCAGGAGACGUGGCUAGCGGGCGUCGGAGGCACCGCUCUCAGCCUCAGUCUCACACCGGCUGCAGCUUCCCAUUCAGCCUGGAUGACGACGGCAUCCGCACCACAGACGUCUAGUUCACCGAUGUCUCUCCAGACUCCUGUGUGGACUUCAGUGUUGGUACCUGCUUCAAAAUGAAUGUGACUGGUAAUAAUAGUAUUUCCCUGCUAAUGAAGUGACACUAUGACCAUCUGCCUUGAUGCCACGAUAUGAGAUUGGGGCCCCCUGCUGGUUUUGUAUGUGCUUUGCAGAUGAAGGAUCACCUCGCUGGAAGGAGACCAAGAGGCACAGUGUUUGUUGAUCACAGGACUGUGGAUAAAAAAAAAAAAGGCCUUGACAGAGUGUUUUUAGUACAACGUCCUCUCAAAACUUGAAUAGUCUCGUUAGUUGUGCUUGCAGACUUACAAAUUUUGGCACAUGCUUUUAAUCUGUUGCAUUUGGCUCCCAUGAAUCAGUGUCACCAGUGUCAUGUUUUCACCCCUGCGAGAAGUGUUCACAAACAUUAUUGGGUAAACAUUAGUGUAUGUUUUGUAUUCCAACUUAUACUUAUGUAGUUAUAAGUUUUGUACAUAUACUAAAAUAAUUUGCACAAUUUGAUUUUCCUGUUGGGCUGAGCAGUGUUUUUCCCCUCGCUCUUCCUGAGACAAACAUUAUGCGAAGAACCACCUCACAUCAGCGUACCUUCAUUAAUGAUUAACAAGCAUUUAUUACCACAAUCUAAUCAGGUGUCUGGGUAAAAGUAUCUGGUACGUCUCAUUAAAAAAACGGUACCUGCACUUACAUGCCAACUGACUCUGUUGCUCUAAUCUGCACAAGCGGAGGAGAACGAGUCUCCAGCAGCUUUUAUUUGUUUGCACUAUGUUUUAGACUUUUAUAAUCCUUUGAUACACGGCUCCAAGAUCAAUCAUCAGUAAACUGUGACUCCUCUCUUUGCAUUUAACGUGGUACCCUAACAAAAACACCUGCAGUGUUUUCAUGGUACUUGUUUUAGAAUGUACUUCCAAUAUCAAAGUACAGCUGAUCAGCUGGUUGACGGCUUUGUAAAUGUGAUUUUCUUAUUGCAGCAUUACAUGGGAAAAUGUGCCACUACUUUUGGUAAUUUAAUUGAAAUUCCGCACUUUGCUUUUCUCUUUUGUACUUUGUACUGUUUUCUUUUCCCCCACCAUUAUUUUUGGCACAGCUCCAUCAGCAGAUAUUUGGGCGUCCUCUGAGAUGAUGCCUGAGAUACUUUGUGUUGUUACACCGUCAGUCUCAACCCCUCACAGGUUCACCUCAAGUAUGAAUCCACGUGGUACCAUAUUCCAUGCCUGUGUCCAUUUUCUGAAGCUGUGUGCACUCGUCUGCCUGCCUGUAUUAUUAAUUUUACGUCUUGUACAUUAAACGAUGCUUUUUAUUUGUC